AUGGCCAAAUGGAGUACAUACAGAUCAAGAAUCACAACAUCUGUGAGAACUACAAAUCGUAUGAAUGCAUUACUAAAUGAAUCUAUGCAAUCACAGAAGAAAAAACCAAUUUUAAAACAAAAUGAAAAGGAACAAACAACAACAGUUGAAGAAUCAGAAAUUCAAGAAGAACAAAAACCUAAAAUUAAAAUUGAAUUUUUUAGAACAAAUUUUACAAUGGAAUAUGUUCAUAAAAUAAUUGGUGAAAUUAUUGAAGAAAGAUUAUCAUGGGAUCGUUUUAAUCGUGUUUAUGAUCCAUGGAAAUCAGCUCAAUUAGCUGAAAGUUUAGCUGUAGAAAUACGUGAUCGUGUGAAAACAUUAAAUUAUCGAAAGUACAGAAUCGUUUGUUUAUUAUCAGUUGUGGAGAAGAAGAAUCAAGGUCUCGAUUAUAAAAUGAAAUUUUUAGUAGAUGAAAAAAUGGAUAAUUUUACAACAUAUAUUCAUGAGAGAGCAACCUAUAAUAUUGUGGCUACAGUAUUUUUAGUUUAUAAAGAUUGAAUUUUAAAGUUUG